AUGUAUUCGCGUGCCGUCAGGUGUAUGCCGGUCCGUCCGAACUCGCCCGCUGUCCGAGACCGUCUGUCCCGUGUCCCUUCGCUAGGGCUCCACGGGUCUCCAUCGAAGCCUCCGUCUCACUCGGACGGCCGAUCACGGCGCGUGCGGGUCCGUACACUAGCCAGGGGUUACUCGCGGUCGACUCUACUCGGCUCUAUGAUAGAGACGACUCUACACACCCCCGACUUGUGUAGAGCGGGUGUGAAUGGGACGGUUUAUGAGGAAAAUGUGAAAGGGAUGGUCAAUUUAUUGAGGCGCUACUCGACGCUAGGCGGCGUGGAAAAUCAGCUUGAAAAUGAACCCUCUCGAGGGUUUGUUACUUGGUCGAAGGAUUGA